GGCGCUGGAGCCCGGCACAAAGUGAAACUCCUAGUAGCCGUGCGCCCUCGGGCGGGACCCGGUCCCGGCUCUCCUGUGCUCCCGGCGCCCAUGGCUCUGAGCAAAGGGCUGCGACUGCUGGCGCGGCUGGAUUCCACCGGCCCGAGCAGCGUGCUGCUGGAAGCGCGGAGCCGCGGGGACUGCCUGCUUUUCGAGGCCGGCGCGGUGGCCUCACUGGCUCCGGAAGAGAAGGAAGUCAUUAAAGGGCUGUAUGGCAAGCUGACGGAUGCCUAUGGCUGCCUCGGGGAGCUGAGGUUGCAAUCCGGUGGCGUCCCCUUGAGCUUCCUGGUGUUGGUGACAGGCUGCAUGUCAGUGGGCAGAAUUCCAGAUGCAGAGAUCUACAAAAUCACCGCCACUGAGUUCUACCCACUGCAGGAAGAGACCAAGGAAGAGGACCGCCUGCCUGCCUUGAAGAAGAUUCUGAGCUCAGGGGUGUUCUAUUUCGCAUGGCCCAAUGACGGCGCCUGCUUUGAUCUGACCAUCAGGGCUCAGAAACAGGGUGAUGACUGCUCUGAAUGGGGGACCUCCUUCUUCUGGAACCAGCUAUUGCAUGUGCCUCUGCGGCAGCACCAGGUGAGCUGCCAUGACUGGCUGCUGAAAGUCAUUUGUGGGGUGGUGACCAUCCGCACAGUAUAUGCCUCCCACAAGCAGGCCAAGGCCUGUCUCAUCUCUCGCAUCAGCUGUGAACGUGCAGGUGCUCGCUUCCUCACCCGUGGUGUGAACGACGAUGGCCACGUGUCCAACUUUGUGGAGACAGAGCAAACGAUUUACAUGGAUGGUGGAGUAUCGUCCUUUGUCCAGAUCCGAGGCUCCGUUCCACUGUUCUGGGAGCAGCCAGGGCUUCAGGUUGGCUCCCAUCAUCUGAGACUGCAUAGAGGCCUAGAGGCCAACGCUCCUGCUUUUGAAAGGCACAUGGUGCUUCUGAAGGAGCAAUACGGGAAGCAGGUGGUUGUGAACCUGCUGGGAAGUAGAGGCGGUGAGGAGGUGCUCAACAGAGCCUUCAAGAAGUUGCUCUGGGCUUCUUGCCAUGCGGGCGACACGCCUAUGAUAAAUUUUGACUUCCAUCAGUUUGCCAAAGGUAGGAAGCUAGAGAAAUUGGAGAACCUGUUGAGACCUCAGUUACAACUACACUGGGAAGACUUGGGCGUGUUUGCGAAGGGCGAGAAUGUAAGUCCACGGUUUCAGAAAGGCACUCUGCGGAUGAACUGUCUUGACUGUCUGGAUCGAACCAACACUGUGCAGUGUUUCAUUGCUCUUGAGGUCCUUCAUCUGCAGCUUAAGAGCUUGGGGCUGAAUUCAAAGCCCAUCAUCGACCGCUUUGUGGAGUCCUUCAAAGCCAUGUGGUCUCUGAAUGGGCACGGCCUGAGCAAGGUGGGGAAGCUGAAGGAUGGGGCCCGAUCCAUGUCUCGUACCAUCCAGUCUAACUUCUUCGACGGGGUGAAGCAGGAGGCCAUCAAGCUACUGCUAGUUGGAGAUGUCUACAAUGAAGAGUCUACAGAUAAAGGAAGGAUGCUGCUGGACAACGCGGCCCUUCUGGCAACACCCAGGAUCUUGAAGGCCAUGACAGAACGACAGUCAGAAUUCACAAGUUUCAAACGCAUCCAGAUUGCUGUGGGGACCUGGAAUGUGAAUGGAGGAAAGCAGUUCCGUAGCAAUCUCCUGGGGACAGCCGAGCUCACGGACUGGCUCCUAGAUGCCCCCCAGCUCUCAGGAGCAGUGGACUCUCAGGAUGAUGGUAGUCCUUCUGAUGUAUUUGCCAUCGGGUUUGAGGAAAUGGUGGAACUGAGUGCGGGAAAUAUUGUCAAUGCCAGUACCACCAACCGGAAGAUGUGGGGCGAGCAGCUUCAGAAAGCCAUCUCCCGCUCCCAUCGGUACAUCCUCUUGACUUCCGCACAGCUGGUGGGCGUCUGUCUUUACAUCUUUGUACGUCCGUACCAUGUCCCGUUCAUCAGGGAUGUGGCCAUCGAUACCGUGAAGACUGGCAUGGGGGGAAAGGCAGGAAAUAAGGGCGCUGUGGGCAUCCGCUUUCAGCUCCACAGCACCAGCUUCUGCUUCAUCUGCAGCCACCUGACGGCUGGGCAGUCUCAGGUGAAGGAGAGGAACGAAGACUACCGGGAGAUCACGCACAAGCUCUCCUUCCCUUCGGGGAGAAACAUAUUUUCACAUGAUUAUGUGUUUUGGUGUGGUGAUUUCAACUACCGCAUUGAUCUUACUUACGAAGAAGUCUUCUAUUUUGUUAAACGCCAAGACUGGAAGAAACUUAUGGAAUUUGAUCAGUUACAGCUACAGAAAUCAAGUGGGAAAAUUUUUAAAGACUUUCAUGAAGGAGCCGUUAACUUCGGACCCACCUAUAAGUAUGACGUUGGAUCAGCUGCCUAUGACACAAGUGACAAGUGCCGUACCCCAGCCUGGACAGACAGGGUGCUGUGGUGGAGGAAGAAGCAUCCAUACGACAAGACAGCUGGCGAACUCAACCUUCUAGACAGUGAUCUAGACAGUGAUACCAAAAUCAGACAUACCUGGUCUCCAGGUACUCUUAAGUACUACGGCCGUGCGGAGCUGCAGGCAUCUGAUCACAGACCUGUGCUGGCCAUUGUGGAGGUGGAGGUUCAAGAGGUUGAUGUGGGAGCCCGGGAGAGGGUCUUCCAGGAAGUGUCCUCUGUCCAAGGCCCUCUGGAUGCCACCGUUGUUGUAAACCUCCAGUCUCCAACCCUAGAAGAGAAAAAUGAAUUUCCAGAGGACCUGCGCACAGAACUUAUGCAGACUUUGGGGAAUUAUGGGACGAUUAUUCUGGUCAGGAUCAACCAAGGGCAGAUGCUGGUGACAUUUGCAGACAGCCACUCAGCUCUCAGUGUGCUGGAUGUGGAUGGUAUGAAGGUGAAAGGCAGGGCUGUGAAGAUUCGACCAAAGACCAAAGAUUGGCUAGAAGGCUUGAGAGAGGAACUCAUCCGGAAGCGGGACAGCAUGGGCCCCGUGUCUCCCACCGCCAAUUCCUGCUUGUUGGAGGAGAACUUUGACUUCACAAGUCUGGACUAUGAGUCAGAAGGGGAUGUCCUUGAAGAGGAUGAAGACUAUUUAGUGGAUGAGUUUGGCCAGCCUGUAGUCUCAGACAGCGAGCUCGGUGGAGACGACUCUUCCGAUACCAUGAGCUCCUCGACACCUGCCAGCAAAUCUCCUGCACUAGCUAAAAAGAAGCAACAUCCAACAUACAAAGACGACGCUGACCUGGUGACCUUAAAGCAGGAGCUGGAAGUUGCUGGGAAUUUUCGCCACCGUUCUCCGAGCAGGUCCCUGUCCGUUCCCAAUAGGCCUCGGCCACCUCACCCACCACAGAGACCCCCCCCUCCAACUGGUUUCAUGGUGAAGAAGUCGGCCUCAGAUGCAUCCAUCUCCUCUGGCACUCAUGGGCAAUAUUCUAUCUUGCAGACCGCAAAACUUCUUCCAGGAGCACCUCAGCAACCGCCCAAGGCUAGAACUGGAAUAAGUAAACCUUACAACGUCAAACAGAUCAAAACCACCAACGCUCAGGAGGCAGAAGCAGCUAUCCGGUGUCUCCUGGAAGCCAGCGGAGGUGUCCCGGAAUCAGCCCCAGGUACCAUGCCCCUGAGAAACCAAGGGUCUUCUAAGCCAGAGGCCACCCUGGGGCCCCUGGCCCUGCCCCGCCGGCCUGCUCCAAGGGUUCCCACUAUGAAGAAACCAACUUUGAGGAGGACAGGAAAGCCCACGUUACCUGAAGAACACUUUGAGCAGCAGCCUGUCCAUUUUACAAUGGCUUCCCAGGAAAUGAACCUUGAGACCCCUCUUCCAAUAACAGUCCCUCCCGUCCCGCCUGUUCCCAAACCAAGAACAUUUCAGCCUGGGAAAGGUGUUGAGAGGAGGCUGAGCAGUGGCAAGCCAGAACCAGAUAAAGCUCCUCCGGUGACAGGCGCUGUGGAGUUACCGCCUCCAGAGGCCCGGGAGGCCCCGUCUCUGGCUCCCAAGGUCCCUCCGAGGAGGAAGAAGUCUGCACCAGCAGCUUUCCACCUUCAGGUCCUGCAGAGCAAUAGCCAACUACUCCAGGGCCUCACACGAUCCAGCAGUUCUCCAUCCUCACUGAAGCCUGACAACCACCCACUCUGUCCACAAGUGUCACUUGGCACUUCAUCUGCCAGAAGCCCUGAAAUGGAUGGCCCCAGAGUGACGGAGCCUGAGGCAGCCUCUUUUCAUGGCAAUUAUCCAGAUCCCUUCUGGAGCCUUCUCCACCACCCUAAGCUGUUGAAUAAUGCCUGGCUGUCCAAGGGCUCUGAGCCUUUAGACUUGGGGUCCAGGAACCCUGAGAGGACACACCCAGAGCCAGCACAGGUCAAUGCAUCAGUGGCUGAGAGGGGGCUUCCGCCAGACGAUGGGGGAAAAGACUUCAGUCACUGGAUGGCCGCCAAUAGCAAAGACAAGAGGACAACAUUAGGUGUUUGACCCACAGAACAUGACCUGUUGGCUCUGAAGAUACUCUCAUUUCAAGUGUUCACCUCCCUCGUGUGGGCAUUGCUUGACCUAGUCAAAGGGAUAUCGAUUUAAAGGCACACCGAACCCCUUUGCUUAUCUGUCACUCUGUGUAGUGUAUGAAAACUGUCUGCCAUUCAGUACAGUUAUCUAGCCACUCAAAUGUUCCAUUUGAGAUCAUGCGUCUUAAGCUUGCUCUCAGGGGACUGGGAAAUGUGCUGUUGAAUUCAGGGUAUGGAUUUUAAAGGAAAGAGAUAUAGAUUCCUAAGAUGCUCUCACCCACAGAAUUUUAAAUGGCUGUUAGAUCUCUGUGUGUGCCAUUUGCUUGUUGGUUUUGUUUGUGUUUUUACAGAUUUGGGAUAAGUGGUAGGUUCAUAAAAGAUGACAUUAAAAGCAGUCAGGACUGUCAAGAGCUGUUCUGACCCACUUGAAACCACAUUAAGAAAAAUCAGAGCUGAAAACAGGUCAACGUCAUGCCUGGACCAUACAUUCCUGUGAGCCCUUUUUAUGGAAUUGCCCUUGAUAGCUGCAAGUUCUAUUUCUUCAGGCUUGGCAGAAAGACCUUGUCUGUACUGAGCAUGUGUGUUUUCUGUUAUUCUCUAAAUACUACAGUAUAACAGGUGUAAGUCAUUUAGAGACAACUGAAGGUGUACAAGAGGAUGUGUAGAAACUAUACAAAUACUGUGCUGUUGAAGACUUAAGCAUCCAAGGAUUUGGGUACCUCAGGGGGUCCUGGAACUGAUCUCCCAUAGAUACUCAGGUGACUACCCAUGCGUAAUUAGCUUUAAUCAUGUUGAAGUCCUAUGAGAGCUGGUGGCAAUACUGUUUUGGUUGGGACGUGUGCACCACGAGUUUACCCUCCACUAAAAUAUGGACCAGCUGACUCCUGCAUGCCCAUACACAGCCAUGGUCUUGAGCCAUGGUAUGCUGCUUAAACUAAUUUACAUUUACUCUCUGGAUGAAACUUCCCUCCUAUUGUCCAUGUCCCAUAAAGGCACAAAAUGUGAAAACUCAUACUGGCCCAUCUUCAUCUGUGUAGUAUAUGAUGGCUUCAGGAAGGAGUGUACACAGCUUCCCGUGAGGUCACAUCACCAAAACGGCAAGUCUGGGCUUGUUCUCUGAUGUCUCUUGCGUCUGUUUGUUGCUUCUUGCAUUCAUGCAUUUCUAAUACUUCUCAUCUCUUCAAAAAUUGACAGACACCUUAAUGCUAUUUUAUAUUAAAAAUGUAUUGGGAUGUUUAGAAU